AUUGCAUGCUUUGGUUCUAGCUGAGAAGAAUAUAAGCACGAGCUCGCAUGCCUAAUACGUAAUGGGUUUCGCAUAAACUGUUAGAACGUAACAUCAGAAGUCAGUAUUAUCUUUUCUUGGGUCGGCCAUAACCACCCAGGCGCGAAAUGGUACUGUGCAGAGCGCAGCAUGAAAGGAUGAUGGGAAAACAAAGGCAUGCUAGGCGAAAUCAGCAAAUUUGUCCACUAGAUAGACUGACCAAAAGGAGGAAAUGGAAGCUUCCCAGCCUCUCUCCAUUGAGAGCUUUUCCUAUAGUUGGCUAGUGAACCGAAAUCCCUCUGCAGAAAUUACAGACGGUUCCAUCAGGACCUCACUUGAUGCAUCAGAAGAAGCUUAUUUCAUUGAGAUGGACCCCAGAUUCCCUUCCUCCAAGAGCUUCCGCAGGAACUCCAUCUCUCAUGAUUUCAAAUUUGAUUUCCCAACUUCGCAACCUUCGUUGCCUUGUGUUCACGCCGAUGAGGUCUUUCGCAAUGGUUAUGUCUUGCCACUUUUCGUUGAUCCAUUGAAGCUGAAGUCCUGCGAAGCCUCCAACCCAACUCCUUCCCCGCCUCCUCCAGUUCAUGUGAAGAGAACCGCGAUGCCCGAGAGUAAAUUGCGUUCUCCAUCCUUGAGGCAGUGCCGGCGAUUAUCGCGGCGGAUAUUCCGGAAGUACUUGCAUUUGUUCAGGCCGCUCGUUCAAAUAAUGCGAGGACACGGGACGGGACCUAGAGCAGAGGAAACUCGCAGCACAAAAAGUCAGGCAAUCAAGAACUCUGUCUAUCCGGUCGAGUGCUCCCCCAGGAUAAGCUCUGCCUACUCUGCAGAUGAAUGGCGGAGGUCUUGCGAUUCAGAAAGCUCCAUUUAUGAGGCGGUUCUCCACUGUAAAAGAUCCAUUGGGAGAAGAGAAGAGGCUAAAAUGGCCUCCCAGGAAGGUUCCUCGGAAGAGAUGCGAUGGACCAAGGUAAAAGAUGAAAGACAGUUAAAGGCCAACUGGAGAUAAAGAAAGCAGAACGAGAUACGUCCGACCAGCUUUAACGGAAGGUCGCCGUGGGAAUCUCCAACUCUUGGAGGAAAGAAUAUGGUUGGAACUUGUACUGUAGUUUUUUCCCAAUGGAAGAAAAAUCUUUGGACUGAACUUAAAAAAGAUAAUAUUCUACUCGCCGUGCCAUGUUCUUUAGCAGACUCGUCUUUUACUAAUCAUGUGUUAUCGGUUUCUCUCUAAUCUCAGUCGGACUAGUUUGUGAGAUUAAA